AUGGAGUUUUUUGCAAAAAAAACUGGGGCUCACCUUUGGUCCGGUGGUUCUGCAGCUGCUGUUCGCCCCUCUGCAGCAGACGCCCAGGAUUCAGAUAAUCAUGCAGCUGCUUCCUGGAGAUCUGAGCCCACAGCUGGGGACCCCUGCACUGCCCCCCCCACACAGAAGUCUGCAUCACUCUGUUCUGGGGUCACACAGAGUCAGGAGGAGCAGCUCAAGGCAAAAGGAAUGGUGGGACCUCUGGCUCUAGGUAGGAAGGAUUCAUGUGUCACUGCAGGGACUGGGAGAGACCCUCCCCCCCCCUGCACCCGCUCCCCUAGCCAGCGGCUAGAGGCCACACCCCCAGGUGGAGCAUGGCUGUGUGUCCGUUUUGCCUCCUGGCCUGAAGAAGUAGCCUCCUUCAUUUCUCCACCUACGACAGCUACUCCAAAUAGCGGUAUCCAGCUCACAGAGGACGGGGGCACUGAGGGUCAUGUCCCCAGCUGCUCCAGCCAGACCAAUACAAUCAAUCGCCGCCGGGGCCUGGGCAUUGGGACCGGAGCGACCCACGUACCCAGCCGCGCUAGCUUGAGCCUCCACCGCCUCAAUCCGAUUGUGAAUGUCGGAAAGCAGAGUGUCCCUUUGAUGACUCUGAGGACAGCGGGAACUUUGGGAGACCCUGGCUCUCUGGAUGAGACCGCCUAUGAAAGACCCGCAAAGAAGACACUGGACUCCUUAGCAGAGUUUUUUGAAGACAUCGCAUACAAACCUUACCCAUUCAAAGACUAUGAUGUCUCGUUUGGGAGUGGUGUUUUAACAGUUAAACUAGGUGGAGAUCUAGGAACCUACGUGAUCAACAAGCAGACCCCAAACAAGCAAAUCUGGGUAUCUUCACUCUCCAGUGGGCCCCAGGGCUGCGACUGGACUGGGAAAUGGGUGUACUCUCACUCCCUCCGGGCGCUGGCCACGGGGCUGACUAAAGCCUUAAAAGCCAAAUUGCACUUAUCUUCUCUGGCCUAUUCCGGAAAAGGCACUUGA